GGCCCACAGGUAAUGAAGACAGGAAGCGCGUGAAAAUGGAUCGGUUUCGCCUAUCGUGCGCACCGAAGGACCGGAAAGCGUCCCCGAGAAGUGGACAAUGUCAUACCCGUUGCCGCUUUUAAUUGGUGUUUAUGCUGGCAAAACAAACACACAGACAGGCUGAAAAUCUGGCGAAACUUCUCCAUUUGGGAGCUUCGUUUCGCUUGUCUUUUAAUAAGCGCAUCGUUAGUGCAGUGAAAAGGGAAGAUAAAAGAUUAGGCACACUGUUCAGUUGAUACUCAUCGAUUCUGCAGUUUAGUGAAUGGUUGUGAACGAGCGUGUAUAUUUCGUCGGAUUUCUUUCUUUGGGUUUGUACUUCUAAUCACUGCGCUAAGAUAACGCUUCGCUUCGAGACUCGUGGUUUGAAGCGGGACUACAUCUAAACCGGAUAGUGUAUAAACGUACAAUGGCAUCGGUUGCCGGGGAGCUGCUCAGGCGGACACUACCGAAGUCCCAAAAGUGGUGGCCAUUAACUCGCUCCUGGCAGCUCGUGCUGCUAGCGCUCGUCUCAACGGCUAAAUUCGAGCAAAUAUUUGGCUACCACAUCCGCCAUGUCCAGGAGGAAUCGAACCACCAGCUGCAGCAGGACCUGAUGGACUUCAUCGAUCUGGUGCCGUUCGAGGACGUGCAGCGGCUGAUGCAGUACUACUACCACUACGACGUGGAGGUGGAGAGUGCCUUCGAUUACGUCUCGACCGAGGACUACACGCAGAUACGGCUGGAAAUUGUCAACCUGAGCGAGGUGCGCAGCUUCCGCAAGUACCUGGACAGCAUCGGCUUCAGCGUGGAAAACACCUGGGCCGAGCUGAACAAGCGCUUCGAUGCGGACGAUAUUUUCCUCGAGCCCGACGAGGAGCUGCGUAUGUUAAAUCUCACCACCAGAGGAUUGAGCGGAUUAGUCGAUGACAUAUUGGCGCUGCUGCCGCAGGACGAAAUAAUCCUUCUUUUCUUCGACAAGCUGGAAACGAGCAACGAUUUCUCCUUCUUCUUCGAGCAGAUCGGUAGCGGCGAGUUCGAGAAUGUGCUCAACAUGCUGCAGUCAUCGCAACAGCUACGGAUACUGCUCUGGAGACUCCAGCGGCACGGGUUCGACAUUCCCGGGUGGAUUCAGCUCGUGCAGAAGUAUUUUAGUUUUAGCAGUUUUUAACAGACGAAUGAACGCUUUGGGACAACAAUGAAAAGUAGAAUAAAAUACAUCUUAUCGUCAAAGGACAACGAUCACGACAAAUUUAGACACUAACGAAAAGAAGAAAUCACAAUACAUUGUAAACAAAAAAACUGCCCAA